UACGCAAACAUAGUAUGGAAAACCUCUGGCGAACAUAGCACGUAUAGUCAUCAGAUAGAGGCCGAGCUGUUAGCAACACAUAUAUUUUAAUCUAUCACAAAAAUCCACUUUUUUUUUCUUUUUUUUAAAUAAUAAUUACAAUUCAAUCAAGUUUCUCUGUUUAAAUAUUUAAGUGUAUGUUUAAAUUAAGCCAAGCUAUAAAAAAAACACGAACACUCUGUCCGCUGUUUUCAUUUUGUUCCCUAAAAGAAGAAAAAGAAAAUCACAAAGAAAAAAGUUUAUGGGAAAAAAAAUCGCCGUUUAAAUUUUAAAUCGUCCAGUGUUUUGUAUUAGUGUUAAUUCGAAUGCAUCAAUAGUAAAGUUUGGCACGAUAAAGUCGGCACGAGACCGCGUCCAGGAGCCCCGAAGAGAAUACAAACGCAAAUUAUCACCGAUAUUUUGCGCAUUUCGUCACAAUUCUUUCGAAUGAGCGGUGUUUUUCAACAAUUGCCAGUACAGCCGAACAAACAGCAAAAUCACAGCAGCAACGCAACACAUUGACAUCCUGCCGAAGCAGCCGAAAAUAAAUCAGCAGAAUCGCUAGUUAUGUCGUCAGCGUUAGCAACGCUUCUGGAAGCGGCUCGAUUCAUUGAGCUACAGGAACAACGUGAACGUUUAACGUCAACGUCUUCAACAGCCUCAUCGCUUUCAACGUCUCCGCACAGCAAUAGUCGGUACCAAUUCCAAACAAAUUUUGCAAGCCAUCAAUCGUUGGUUACAACGCCACCAGCAUCACCGCUUUCUGAUAUCCCAAGAAGUCAUAUCGACUACAUCAGCUCCAAUGGCACAACCAUUACACGGAAUGGUAAGUGUUAGUCAUUUGUUUUCUUUCUCUGUUGUCAUCGCAGUUUUCUUUUGACCAAAUCGUUUCCCCGUUGGGAAUGGAUUUUAGGCCAAAGCAAAAAUACAUUGCAUAUUCGAACAAAGUGCUUUGCUAUGUGUGGUCUAAAAUUGCCAAAAGUCGGCAUGACAAAAAAAAAUGGGUGCGUUUAACACACCAUCAUGUUGACACCUCAAUGUCAUAUCGUUUGCAUUUAGUUAUAUGUUUCAUGUGAAUCCAAUGCCGAUACUACAAUAAUUACGAUUCAUCGUCCGAAUCGGUAUAUCUUCAUAAUAUCAUACACCACUCAAAUUCAGAGAUACUAGCUAAAUGCACGCUUAUGUUCACAAUUUGUUGUCAUACGCGUGGAAUGGCUCUAACAUUUUCAUUUUUGUUUUAUUCUAUUGCAAAAUUCAGUCUUAUCACAUUAUAUAAAUUCAGUGCUCUCAUCUUUAUCUUUCGGUUGUUCAACAUUGAUCCAAUAUAUAUAUCUUGGAUUACGAAAGAAACAAAAUCGUCAUCAAUAUUCUGGUCGUCGACGGAAUUUAUUGAUUUAGUAAAUAAUCGGAAUCCAUUUGCGGGCGAAAUGAGUUUGGUUUUAGAUCAAGAAUAGCGACCCUUCAAGACAUCGAGCAAAUAAAAUAAUCGAGACCAAAGAAAAGAAAAGAAAAUAUUAUAUUUCAAUAUUAAACGCGAUAUCAUGCGAAUCAACGAACGAACCGAACCAAUGAAUAAAGGAAGGAAAACGUAUUGAAGCCCAUUUGAUUCGAAUGAAGAGGGAAAAAAAAUAAAAUCUCGAAUUUCUUGUUUGUACGUGUUUCUCAUGUGCACGGUUCUGCCAAGUCGAUUCCACACACUCGACUUGAUUCAGCACCAAUUCAACAAUAACAGCGGCAACAACAGCGGCAACAACAACAAAAAUUGAAUAGCCGCAGUAUACUCGACGUGGGUAUUUAUUACAUAAAAGCAGUGUAAAUGCAAAAUAAGGAACAAAAGACGCAAAUCGUCAACGAGAAGAGAGAAAAAAAACAAGUGUCUUCUAUUUAUAAACUCUUACAAGACAAGUAUAUGUGCAUUGUGUGACACAUACUAAUACAACCACUCUGAUUCGUCUCAAACAGGAGCAUUGGAUUUCUGCAGUUGUUGACUCUUCGUUUGAUUUCUUGUUCGUUGUCGUCGUUGUUAUUUUCCGUGCUAUGAGAAAUACACACAAUUGCAUAGGCAAUCUUCUUAAAUGCCCUUUAAACAAAAUCUCGUGCACACACACAUACACACACACACAUGCAUUAGUAUAUAUGCACAACGUGUGGAUCUCUUUGCGUUUUUUUUUUCGUGCCAUAACGUAUUUCUCUGUACUUGAAAAUCUAAGCGAGUCUGACACGCAAUCAUGUGUCUGUCUUAUAUGCAACUCGUAUUGGGUUUGUCGGUGUAUUGGUGAACGCAUUGCUCGCGUCAAACCACCAACGCAUCUUCAUCGUUCUCUCUUUUCACUGUAACGUGCUAAUCGCAUUGCAGACGAACGGCAAUCGAACAACCGUCCAGAACCACAUGAUACACACACUCAACACUGUUGUUUUUUUUUUGCGCAUGUGUUGUAAGCAUGAGUCAAUGCGGCCACCGCUAUUCGUCUCACUCGCACCCGCCCCGACGUACACCAACACCAACGCACCGAAAUGAAUCAUGCAGACAACCGGUCACGUAAACAAUACAGCCGUGCUAUGCAUACGGUUUUAUAUGCAAAUAACGUGAUGCGAAGCGUCGGUGUUGUCACACGAAUCGAUCGCCACAUUCGGCAACACCAUGUGACUGAAACGAAAGAAAAUCGCUUGUGGCAAUCGAAUCAAAUCAGUCGAUCUCACUCUCUUCACUCGGUCGGAUUCGAUGACGGUCGUGUAUUUGUUGGAAUCGAACAAAUAUUCCUCUUUCACAAUUUCCAUCGUACACGGUGCUGUAUUUGGUAUUGGUGCGUCUCUUAUAUACUCAUUCUGUUUUGUGUUUUCGUUCACAUGUUACGGAUCUCGCUCUUUCGCAGAGUCACGCUGUUUGUCUCACUUCUUAUGGCGCACGCUAUUCAUCUCGCUUCUUUUGUGUGUGUUGUGGCUUUCUCUCUUCCGCGCCUAGUGCCAGUAUAUAAGCACAAGCGCGCACGAUGAAUACAAUCAACCGUACGCACAUGUACAAUGUGCUGUUUGUAUAUAUACAUGUAUUUGUAUAUACACAUCUUUUUUUAGCCACGUGUUGGCUUGCGCAGUUGCCACAUUUUUAUGCGAUGAGCAUGUAGUCGACCGACGACGAUGUCAUACGAUUCAUCGUUGUAAACGUAGCGCUCGUUCGAUGCGAUCACCUCAGAUUACAUGAGUUUCGUGUUACUUCUUUCUUAUUUACUCAAUCUUCUACACAUUACAUUCUACGUAGUAUGAACGCGCAGCGGGCACACACACACACACACGGGCAAGCAAACAAACAAACACAUUUCAAUGCGCGUUUUAUGUACUUUCUCGUUUUGCGUCGUUUUGUGCACUGAUUCUUUCUCAUGUUAUACGUUAUAAUUCUCUCGCUUCAUUUUAUGUUCAUGCUUAUCAUGUCAAUGAACUAGAGUUCGCUGUAAAAUCAAAAUUUUGCACAAAUCAGCAUACAACUUCAUAAUCAUUGUGACUUCGACAUGAACAGCAAUUGAAAUAAUUUACACAUGACACAGAAAUAAAAAAGCCCUCACACAGAGAGCGAAGGGAAAAAAACACACGACACGAACGAAAUAUAUGACGUUUACUUAAAUUUCAUCGUGCAGUCGAUGCGAAUUUUGCGAAAAUUGCAAAACCAACGCAGAAACCGGAAUAUUUCGUAGAAUAUACGACACACGAAAAAAAACCCUACUGCUCAGUUUGAAACGGAUAUUUCGUAAAAAAAAACGACAGCGACAACGAUGACGACGACGAUGAAGAAAAACAUCAUGAACAGUUUCCAAUGAGAGUGCCAUCUCUCAAGUGUAUAUGAUUCCAUUUGGAUUUAUUUUUUUAUGGAAAAAGACACUUUUCUUAACGACUUUAAGUCUCGGAAGAGAUUUUUAUCGCAAAAACCAAUCACGGAAGCAAACUGCUUCUGGUAGCUCAAGAGAGAAAUUAUAUAUAUACUCACAACGAUUUGGUGACAUUUUUUUUUUAUCGAACAUCUUGCUUUAAUUCAAUCAUUCGGUUCGAAUUUCAUUGAAAAAUGUAAAAUUUUUGCAAAAUAUUCGAAAUUCUUUGACGUUUUUGGUUAUAUUCUAACUUGCAAUACAAUUCCUACAAGGAAAUGUCGAAUAUUUCUCAUUUUCCCGUUGAGGUUGUUUGCUGUUAGCAAUUGGAGUGAAUUGAACCUUUGCUUUCUCUGCCAAAAGUGUGCAACCUUUGUACCUAGCUUUGUACAUCGUCAGGUUCGAUAUUCUACAUAUAGAAAUUCUUAAAAAUAUUCUUUGAAUAAAUAAAUGUAUUUGAAGACUUUCAAUGAAAAUUACUUUUUUUUACCUGCCACCGAAUGCUUUUGAUUAGAUUUUGAACCAUAGUUCAUAGUCGUCAACACAAAAAGUGGUUGAACGAUGCCUAACAUAACAGUUCCAAUGAAUCAGUUGAUUGAAUGAGGAUGUUGAGAAUUCAAUAGCUAAGAAUGAACUCUUGGCAGGAAGCAAUACAUUUUCCUCGUGUAUUGAAUCCCAAGAUUUCCAUGGGAACGAUAGUUGACGAAAGAAGUUUAAAGCAAUCGAAAUAUAUAAAACAAAAAUCUCCAAUUAGGAGAUAUUAUUCAAAUCCGUGGAUGGAACGAAUCGAUAUAUGCAUGUAUAUGAUUAUGUGUCUAGCGAUAUACGUGAUAUUGGCUAGAGACCACAAAAAUCAAUUGGACCACUCACAUUUUACAGCCAUUGUUGCCGUACCAAUAUAUCGAUUCGAUUGGAGAAUUGUUGCACAUGUUUGGUGUUCAUCGUCUGGGUCAGCAUAACUACUGCAAUGCACGUGACCGCGUGCAGUGUGGUGUCUUGAAUAAUGCAUCAACCGUGCAAUUGUGCUCACUCCAAUUCAAAAGUCCAAAUAUUGCCAAAUUACGAUAUUUUUCGAUGUAAUAAAUGCAACUUUCGGCAAACCGAUCGAUUACACUGGAAUUGUCAACAACAACAGCGCUGAAUGAAAUGAAAUGUCAAAAUUACUGAAAUUUGCUGCCAAUUUUUUUUCUUCACAAUACACAGUGCUGCUUCAAUACUCGAAACAUCAAAAAUUUGCUCAACAUGUCAUGAAAAAGGUGGUUUUUGAAAAACCACAAACCACGUGUAUAUUUUGAUGCUAAUUCAUUUGUUUUAUUGAGGUGAUCAGCAAUUUAUUUCCUUUCAUGUGUCGCAUGAAAGUGUCAAACACAUGCAACACGAUUUUCAGAGGUCAUUAAUUCGAAACGUAAAUUCAAUUGGAAUUGAGUUGGAACCAUUGGCGCGUUGCUUGACCGAAACCUAAAUUUACGCAACAUAUUGCGCGAAAAAAAUACUAUAAACUCGAAGUGCUUGAAAGUUCGAGUGUGGCCAUAAAAAGCUUUUUUGGGGUGUUCGUAGAAACCCUCUUCGUUGAAGCAGUUCAAGGAGUGUUUAAGUCGUCCAUUAUUCAUUAAUUGGAAAGGUCACGAACUGGCACGAGAAAAAAAAUUCGCCUUAAUGAAUGAAAACCAACUCUCCUAUUCACUUUGAAUUUGACAACUGAUAUUGAGCGCAAACACCACCUAGAUAAUCUAAGGCUAACGAAAAUACAAUCAAGUAAACUCUCCGUUCUGUCAAACGUCAUACUGAAGUAUAACAUACAGACAUCACGAACUCGCCAUAGGUUCUUUAGAUGGCGCUUCGGUCAACUGAGUUCCAACCAAAUACAUGUAUCAGUAUACGAAGCAUUCCACUGUUGAUGAAAACCGACAAUUUUCUUAACACACACACAGUUUGCCUUCACCGCCGUUUUCCUUAUUCACAGCUCACUUUUGAGUUUUUGAGCAUGAAGAAAAAAGGUCAACGUAUUUUUUUAGCGUAAAUUCGUAUAGUAUUUGAAACGAGCACAAUUAUUGAAGCAAUUGAUUCUGCUACGAGUUGUAGCCCUAAGAAAACUGUUGCGCAAAGGCGUGGGUAGCACACAAAACACAGACACACAUUCAUCAUUCGAUCACGUUUUGCAGCUGGAAAUUGGGAACGUAUAACAAAGGCACACAUACAAAUGGAGAGUGAAGGAAAGAGCGAGAAAUAAAGAAUGAACAUGUACAGGGGAAUAUGACAAUGAAAACAAUAUAUCGAACGAGCUUAGCUGAUAAGCGUACUGUUUGAGACGUGUUGGCGAGCAUACCAUAAUUCAGUCUGCUUGUGUCGUUUUGCAGGUAAACACGCCAAAUUCUUUACCUCUUUCGCGAUCCUCGUUCAUCCUUUGAACUUUUUUCGACAAAGUUUUCAACAUUCGAAAUACCAUCCCACACCUUGACAAAAGAAAUACCUGGAUCAAUCAGCAGCGUUCAUCGCAAGAUUUUAAGGGCGAUUCAAAUCCAAAAAAAAAAUAGAAACAUUUUUUGGAAAUAAAAAACGAUACAUUUUUUUAAAAGUUUCACAAGUUUUGUAUUGCGAGUUAUAUGUUUCUUUGGUGAAUUCACAUAAUCAAAUAUCAUCGAAUCACAUUUCUGCGUAGAUAUUUCGUCUAAUUAUUCUGUUGUCAACUGAAGAAAUAACUGCCAUAUUUUUUUUGCAUUCAACGCGUACAAGUAUCGAUAUGCUCAAACAAUAAAAUUCCUAUUAUUUUGUACAAAUAAAACGAAACUCGAGAAGGAAAACGAAGGAAAAAAAAACAGUAGCAGCCAUGAUGCAUAUGGGGAAUGAGUGGUAUUGGAAUUUGAACUUGCAUCGCAACCAAUCGGCGCUGAAUAAUUCGAUGGUUAUAAAUAGUACAAAGUUGCCGAUAUCAUCGACAAUGUAUACAAGUGCCGUGCUAACUGAUCGAGGUAUUUGUGUUGGAAUGCGUAAUGUGAAUUUAAAGGGUGUAACUCAAUCGUAUUCGGCGAAAAUGCAAAGCAUUCCAAAUUGCUGUAGCAAUUCAAAUGUGGUUGGCCAACGAAAUAACCAAACAUGGACAGCUGCCUACGAUCAAAUGCGCUUUUCUGCCCUAACUGAUCCAUCGAUGGCAACGCAAAUCGAAUGCCAACACUUUGCCGAUCAUUCAUAUCCACCAAUUAGUGAUAAAUGGAGAGAACAAGUGAUACUCCCUGUGGAGCAGGAGGAGGAGGAGGAGAAGAAGGAGGAGGAGGAAACAGUGAACGAAGAACCGCAUACAUCAUCCAUAAGUGCUGAGUUCAAUCCAUCCAUAAGUGCUGAGUUCAAUCCGUUUCAUUUGUUCGGCGAUAAAUCGGUAUUGUCCGCCAUCAAUGUGAAAAAUAGGCUAAGCCCAGAGUUGUUGCAAUCAUACUUGGCCGCAAACGUUAGAGAACAUUCAAAUAGUGAAAUGCCACCACUCGAACAUGUUCCAUAUAUGGAUUACCGUUAUUUAAUCGAAAACGAUGCAAUUUACAACCACAUUGGAUAUCCUGGUUUACUUCAUGCUACGACCAAACCUACAUUGUCUCCAUCGAAUUCACCGAUAUCACAUUUGCCGAGAAGCAGCAGCAGGCUGAAGGCCGCAAUAACGACUCCUCGAAGGAGAAUGCAUACAUACGCUUCUCGUUUAAAUCACGUGGUCACACCGAAAAAGAAAUGGUUACGAAAUUACAUGCAAAAAGAGCCAAUUUCACAGCAACUCGAUGACAUCAAUGCUGAACAUGCGAAUAUAUUAUCUAAUUCAACUGAAAGCAUUCUACCACGAAAAUAUGAUCGAUUUCACAUGUUGCAUCAACCGCAUCCGAUGUUGAUGCAACCAGAUCAUUUACCAUUGUCAUACAAUAUGCCAAUGUCACCACACGAAAAUCCGUUGGUCAAAUCAAAAUCAUUGUCACCACUCGAAUCAAAAGCACAGAAAAGACCAAAAGCAAAUUACUUUGUUAACGAUGCAAUGUAUUUGGCGCGUAGCCGUAGCACAUCUUUAACACUAAAACCAAUUACAACAAUCAACAAUCAUGUAAUGCAAACAGGUGAAGACUCAUCGCAGUCGAGCUUAAAUUUGAGCGCAUCGAGCGGCUACUUAAGCGGCAGCAGCAGCGCUAACUCCAGCAAUUUGAACCUGAGCGGACGCUCAUCUUCAUCAUCCAUGAAUGGAACAACACACCAUAUAACAAAUGGUGUGCUGACAAUUCAUUCAAAUGGAAGCCAUGUGAAUGGGGAUAACAAUCACGUGUUUUAUGAAAAGUCGCCGAUAAUUAAUGGUUACGUGGACAAACGUAACGGCAACAGCUCGAAUGGGACGCACCAUUUGCAACAAUCACCACCGCAAGCUGUACAACAGCAAACUCCCACGACACAUGCAACAAAUAGUAGGCGCCGUACAAUUAGUUCAAAUAGCAAUGGUGGUACACAACGUAGCGCAUCCAUUCAUAGGGCCGGUACACGUGAAGUACACAACAAAUUGGAGAAAAAUCGGCGAGCUCACCUCAAAGAAUGUUUCGAACAAUUGAAGCGCCAACUCCCGCAGAUGCAAGAAGAGAAGAAAACAUCAAAUCUAUUGAUUCUGUCAAAUGCAAGCAAAUAUAUUUCGCAAUUGAAGCGAAAGGAAAAAGAGCACGAACAAGAGAGUCAACGUUUGGCCAAAGAGAAGAUCGACAAAGAGAAAAAGCUCGACAUGUUGCGCCAUCAGAUGUCCACCCGUUUCGAUAAUAUGCAUAGUACAAUUCAAUUGCCAGACAAUGAAGGAAGCAACGGCAUUCGGGAAAGAGUGCCAUCGGAGUCAUUGAGUGAGCAUUCUUUGCCGAGUCGUGUCAGAUAUGGUUCAACAAGCUCACUAUCAAGUGCUGCUACUGCAUCUUCACCAUGCGCAGCUGGUGUUCCUUUGCAGUCGGCAUCAUCAAUUUCGCCUGUGAUAACGACCAACAGUACAAUCCUAAAUGCAUCGUCGCCGUCACCGAAACGAGCACACUCCUCAAGCCCAAUAUCGGCGUCCGUAAACAUGCAUUCAGCCAUCACAGAUUCUCCAAAAAUCUUACCAAAUGGUCUCACUGCCAUUUCGAAUGGCUUAAAAGCGCACAAUACACCGAUUGCCAUCAAUUUAUCCACAUCUGAUGGCAUUUCACCGGCGCUACUGAAUGCAUCAAAUGCAGCUGCGGUAUUGCCAUUGAAUUUGAUUCACCAGCCAAUCACCAACGGUAUUGUAAAUGGUCAAACGAUUCGAACGGCCGUCGCAACAAAUGGAUUACAAAUCAUAAGCAACAAUACACCAAGUGUAGCAAACGGAAAGAAUGGCAUCCGCCAUCAAGACCACAAUUCCAAAGAACAACAAAUCAAGAAAACCGAAUCGAUUUCCACUUCCUCGGAACCACCGACAAAAGUAAUUAAGCUGAUUAAUGGUAAUGGUGGCAUAACAUUGGUCGAUAAAGACACCAAACUGGGACAAUUGACCCUGUCUCAGGUAGUGGUCAGUCAGAUGCUGGCGCCGACUCAAACACUGCGUGUUAUUGGGCCAGCACCAAAUGGCGUUGCCACCAUCGAGUUGAGCAAUUCAAACGCCAUUAAAGGACGUAAUGUCGUCCAAAAUCAGCAACAUUCUUUGCCGAACGGUACAAAUGGAGCUCAUUUGCACAAAUUGCUAGUGAGUGGUGCAUCGACGAACCUAACAACGCCAGUGAUUACGUCGACCUUUGGUAAUGGCACGAUGACAAAUGGUACAUCCGAACUGGCCCGUUUGCCGGGCGGAGCUGAGCUAAACAUACUGCCGCCAAACACAAAUGGCACCGCUCUAUACCGCAGCAACGGACAGUUAGCGAUUAUCAAAGGAGCUGAAUCAAAUCAAUCAAAUCGAGCAGUUCACAUGGUUACACCGUUACAGUCUACAACCACACCGAUCGUUAUAUCGUCACAGGGACAAACCAGCAAUAACUUAGCACACAUUAUUGCCAGCAAUCUUUCAUUUACAUAAGUUGUAAAUCAAAACAAACAAACAAACAAACAAAAAAAAGCGAGAGAAAAAGAAACCAACUGCAUGGAAAAUAUUGUAAAAUCACUCAACUAACGCAACACACACAAACACACACACACACACACAUACACAGUAAGAAUGAUGCAGAUGCAGAGUUAACUAGAGAUGAUUAUUGUCUCUAUGCAGAAACAGCUGUAUAUUGAAGAGAAAAUCCCGGCAAUUGAAAUGUUAUUUCGGUGCACGGAUAAUCGAUUUGAGAUAAUGUACAUAGAAAAAAAUGUGAACCUUGUGUUUUUUUGCAACAAAAUUGAAAUAUUCACACUUCAUGUAUGUGCAUAUAUAUUCAGGAAAGGAAAUGCUGUUUUCUUUCAAAUUUCUUGAUAUUUCUUUUAACACAGAGAAUAAGUAAGAAAGGGAAAAAAACAACAUAAUAAAAAAAAAUUGUAAACCAAUCUAAAAGUAUAUAUAUAUCUAAAUUACAUUAUUUAAACAAGAUAAAACAAAAAAAAAAUAAA